AUGUCUAAUAAAAAGAUUGACCGAUCAAUGAUUGAUAAAAAUUUAGUUCGAACAAAUAGUGAUUUAACUGCUAAUACAAAAUCAAAUAAUAUCCAAGAUAAAAUGAAUAUAAAAAGUCAAGAAAUGAAUCCAUCACCUGGUAACAUUCUUCUUCCAUCAACAAUUGGAAUUCCACCACGAAAUGGUAGUCCAGAAAGUCGUCUACGUGAUCCUCGUAUUCUUUGGGCACCAGCUAUAAGUAUUAGUGGUAAAAUUGAUCAACCAUUUGUAACACCACAAUAUGAAAAGAAACAACGACGUAUUGCUGAAAAAAGUGAACAAGUUAAAUUAAAUCCAAAAAUUGCAACAAAUCAUGAUUUGAGUCAUUUAACAAGAUUAGGUAAUGAUAAAACAAGAUUACCUAUAUCAUUUAUUCCACAUAAAAUUAUUCCAUCAAAAAGACCAUUAUCCAUAACACAAAGAGGACCCGGUCCAACAAGUUAUCAACGAUAUAAAGGUUAUGAUCAAAUGGGUGAAGAAUAUAUUUAUACUCAACAACCUCGUAUUCGUAUUCGUCCGUUAAUUGGUCCAAAAUUAAAACGUGAACGAUAUCAUAUUGAUAUUAACGAUAAAAUAUUGUUUGAAAAGAAAAAAAAUUUUCAAGAUAUAAAACCAUUUUGGACAACAAUUGGUACUCGAACAUAUGAUUCACGUUUACCAAAUGCUCCAAUUUCUACAAUUCAUCAUCGAUUUGAUAUGACAUUGAAUACAGAAGACAAAAAAAAUAAAUUACGAGGAAUGACUAUGCCUGGACCAGCUAUGUAUCCAAUAAUCAAUACUAAUAACGAAACAAUAAAAAGAGAUAUAUGUGGUAUUCGAGGUGUUACUAUAGCAUCAAGAUAUCGUGAAAAACGUUUUGAAUUUUCUGGUCCUGGACCAGCAAUGGUUGAAAGACAAUUAUUAGAUAAAGGAGUAAUUGAUAGUAAUACAUGUAAUCAACAAAUUCAUCUUAAUAGACAACAAAAUAAAUCAUCAAUUUAUUGUUCAUCAUGUUUAACAUAUAUUGAUGGGAAAAUAUCAGCUCCUAGUCUACAAAUAGAAUUACCAUCAUUAAUACAAAUAACUGGUAUUUUUAUUCAAAAGUCUAAUCAAAAUCAAGAAAAAAAUUCGAAAAUAAAUUCAUAUUUUAUUGAAUAUCGACGAACACAAGAUGGUCCUUGGUAUUCAUAUGGAAAACGUCGACAACGAAAAUUGAUUAUCGAACGACGUCGUUUAUUUUUUAAUGAUAAUGAUAACGCAAAUAAAACACGUACACUUAUUCCAUCGAUUAUUGCGCGACAAAUUCGAAUUAUUUUCGGAACAUCAUCCAUACCGAUAUGUAUAACUAUUCAAGUCUAUGGUUGCCAAUCUGAAAAUGGUCUCAUUUCGACACGUUUUUCUCAAAAAUCAAUUCUUAAUACUGAUUUAAAAUAUGAUGGAUUGAUUAUAAAUUCAACUGCUCGAGGUGGUUUAGGUAUGUUAACUGAUGAAGAUACAAAUCAUUUUGUUUAUUGGUCUCCAUCAUCACAACCAAUUUUACUUCUUUUUGCUUUUGAUACAAUAAAAGAAUUUCAAUCAAUUAAUCUUGAUAUAAAAUGUUCAUUAUGGUUAUCAUCAAGUUGUACAUUAAAAAUAAAUGUUGGUAUAUUAGAAAUAGUUACAUCAAAUAAUCUUUGGACAAAUCGUUUUCAAACAAUUUCAAUUCGAAAUCAUUUUUAUUAUGAUAAUACAACAAUAACACAUCUUAUACUUUCUGUACCGAAAACAAAAGGUCAAUUUGUAAUUAUACAAAUAAAUACAAAAGAAAGUUUAGCACUUAGUGAAGUAACAUUUAAUAAUCGAAUUGAAUAUAAUGAGGAUGAUGAUGAUUAUUUAAAUAUAAUACCAUCAUCAAUUUAUAUUGAAAAUAAUCUACAUCGAUUAGAAUUAUUAGCAUUAAGUUCCAUAUCAAAUGAAAUAAUACUUCAUCAUAGAUUAUCAUAUUUAUUAAUUUUUAUGUUAAUCAUUUGUGUUAUACUUCUUAUGUUUUUACUUAUUUCAUAUAUAUUUAAAGAUAAAAAACUAAAUCAUAUUCCAAUAAUACCUGAAGAAACUGAACAAAGUUUAACGAUGUCAAUAACCAAUUCAACUAAUGAUGAAAAUAUUCAAAAUCAUUCUCAAUCAGAUCUUUAUUCUAAUCUUGAAAAUAAUGAUGAUGAUGAAGUAACUUCAAAUUCUUUACAAUUUAUUAAUUCACAAAAAAUUGUUAAUGAAAGUGCUAAAGCAAAUAUACGUAUAUUGUCUUCACAUCGACGAUCAAUGACACCUAAAUAUUCUGUUUCUAAUUUUCAUUCUGUUUAUGAUCAUCUAUCUGAAAUAGAUCGUGAUGAAAUAAUAAUCAUUCAAAAUCUUGGUUCUCAAAAUAAUCGUCAAUGUUUUUAUAGUGAAUAUGGUCAAAGUAAAUUAUCUGUUAUCCUAUAUGAACAAGAUAAUAAUGAAUUUUUUAAUUUAUCAAAACUACUAGAUCAUAAAAAUAUAGUUUCUUGUCUUGGCUAUGUUUACAUAUCACCUGAAAGAUGUUUUCUAGUCAGUGAAUAUAGUCGAGUAAAUUUAUUUGAAUAUUGUCAAACAAUGACAAUUGAAAAUGAAAAUACUUCAACGAUUCUUAUGGAAUUUCUUAAUGACAUUUUAUUAGCUUUAAUUCAUCUUGAAUCAUUAAAUCUAAUUGUACGUGAUUUAACAUUACCGAAUUGUCUUAUAUUUGAUAAUAAAACAAUAAAAUUAUCUGAUUAUGCUAAACAAGAUGAUCGUUAUAUAUCAAGAUAUGUUCAACAAAUGCCUAUUCGAUGGUUACCUGGUGACAUUGUUACAGGAGAUGAAAUUUGGUCCGUUCAAACAAAUACAUUUAUGUUUGGUACUCUCAUUUUUGAAUUAUUUCAUUUGGGUUCAUGUAUUCCAUAUGGUGAUUUAAAUAAUGAUGAAGUUUUACAAUUCUUUCAUGACUUAUGGCCAAACUCAAAACAAAAUAGUAUUGAACCAUCUGUUCUGUGUUUUUCAACAUAUUUUCCACGUCCAAAAUUAUGUGAUGAUCGUCUCUAUGCAUUUAUUGAACGUUGUCUUUCAUGGUCAAGUCUAGAUCGACCAUCAUUUCGAGAAAUAAGUCUCUGUUUAAACGAGACAACAACUGUGCUAUCUCAAUGA